UAUAUAACACUAAAGUAGACCCAAGUUGAUAUAAAGAAAAAGCUAGAGAUCAUCAAGAGAGAAAGAAAAGGUAUGGAAGUUAGGCAGAAAACUAUUAGUGUCUUGAUGUUCCCAUGGCUAGCUCAUGGUCACAUAUCUCCUUACCUAGAGCUAGCCAAGAAACUCACAAAGAGAAACUUCUCCAUAUACUUCUGUUCAACACCAAUCAAUCUCAAUUCAAUCAAACCAAAAAUAUCCCAAAAAUACUCACUUUCAAUCCAACUAGUGGAACUCCAUCUCCCAUCAUUGGAAGGCCUUCCUCCUCAAUACCACUCAACCAAAGGCCUACCACCCCAUCUCAUGGCAACCCUCAAGAAAGCACUUGACAUGUCAAGCGCUAACUUCACCAAAAUCUUGGAACACUUGAAACCAGACUUGUUGAUCUAUGACUUCCUCAUGCCAUGGGUGCCGGAAGCGGCUCGGCGUAUGAAUAUUCCGGCUGUCAACUUCAUGAUAGUCUCGACGGUAGCGAUUGCUUUUGUAGUUCAUAGAGUAAAAAAUCCUAGUGAAGAAUUUCCUUUUCCGGGAUUUUUUUUCCAUGACUACGAGAAAUUGUUGCUUGACAAAGCUCUCGAAGAUGGCCAAGACAAAUAUAAGUUCUAUAACUGCUUGGAACAAUCUUGUAAUAUUGUUUUGAUGAAGACUUUCCAUGAAUUGGAAGGAAAGUAUCUAGAUUAUCUUUCUGUAAUCUUCAAGAAAAAGAUGGUUCCUGUCGGUUCGCUCGUUCAAGACCCUGUUCAAGAAAUCGAAGAUGGAAGCAAAGAGAUGAUCAAAUGGCUUGAUAGGAAGGAACAAUCAUCGACCGUGCUUGUAUCGUUUGGAAGCGAGUACUUCUUAACCAAGGAAGAAAGGGAAGAAGUAGCUUAUGGACUUGAGAUUAGCCAAGUAAACUUCAUAUGGGUCAUUAGGUUUCAUGAAGAAGAGAAAACCAACCUUGAAGAAUCACUUCCACCCAAAUUCAUCGAUCGGAUCGGAGAGAGAGGGAUUGUUGUAGAAGGUUGGGCACCUCAAGCAAGGAUUCUAAGGCAUUGUAGCAUUGCAGGGUUUGUGAGUCAUUGUGGAUGGGGUUCAGUGAUGGAGAGUAUGAAGUUAGGAGUGCCAACAAUAACAAUGCCAAUGCAACUUGAUCAACCAUUGAAUGCUAGGUUGGUGGAAGAUGUUGGGGUUGGUUUACAAGUAAAGAGAAACAAGAGUGGGAGGUUUGAAAGGGAAGAGAUAGCAAAGGUGAUUAGAGAGCUAGUGGUGGAGAAAAAUGGAGAUGUCAAGAGGAAAGCUAAGGAUAUGAGUCAGCAUUUGAUUAAUAAAGGAGAGGCAGAGAUUGAUAAAGUGGUCAAUGAAUUGAUCAAUCUAUGUGAAUUUUGAACUACAUCACUAUAUUCAUAUCUCAUUAUACAAAUAUAAUAUAUAUAUAUAUAUAUAUAUAUA